AGACCCAGUUCACCCACCACUAACCCUUCCGUGUGGCUCUGGGUGCUGAAACGGGCAGGACUUGGCCCGCUAGGUGAAGAGGAGACGGAAGCUUCCUGGCAGUCCCCGCGUCACGUGGGGCCCUACCUAGUCAGCCUCCUAACGCCCCUCCUUACGCAUGCGCCCAUUCACCGCCGGUCCCCAACAAUGCCUAAAUCCCGCCCUGCCCUUCUCGUUCCGCCCCUGCCCGGGAGCCCCGCGUCCUCAUUGGCGAGCUCUGGACCUGGAUGUUGGCCAGGGUGACCCGGCGCGGACACCCCAGUGAUAAAAUAGAUCAUCCACACGGAAACUAGCGCGCUCCAGGGGUGUGACCCAAACGCAGUUCCGCCCUCUGGCUCCCAGCCGAACACGGAACCGGGACCGAUCCGGCCCCGGCUUGAACUAGCUCAGCUCCGAGCUCGCGGAACCACGCCCCCGGGAGACUCUGGCCCGGCCAGCGCGGGCCAGGUCUUCAGUCCUAUAUCGCCCCCGCUUGGGAAAAGGUGCAGGGGCCUCUCGCCGCCUCGUCCGGACCUUCCUCUCUACCUGCCUCUCCAACCCCUCUCGGCCCCGAGCCACCCGGCAGCGGGGGUGGGUGUGCAGAGGUGCGGCGUCCAGAACCUGGCUCCCGCAGAGGCUCUGGGUGGCAGCAGCCCUGUUACGGCUUAGAUGGCGCGCAGGACCGAGCCCCCCGACGGGGGCUGGGGAUGGGUGGUGGUGCUCUCAGCGUUCUUCCAGUCGGCGCUGGUGUUCGGGGUGCUCCGCUCCUUUGGGGUCUUCUUCGUGGAGUUUGUGGCGGCGUUUGAGGAGCAGGCAGCGCGCGUCUCCUGGAUCGCCUCCAUAGGAAUCGCGGUGCAGCAGUUUGGGAGCCCUGUUGGCAGUGCCCUGAGCACGAAGUUCGGGCCCAGGCCCGUAGUGAUGACUGGAGGCAUCUUGGCUGCGCUGGGGAUGCUGCUCGCCUCUUUUGCUACUUCCUUGACCCACCUAUACCUGAGUAUUGGGUUGCUGUCAGGCUCUGGCUGGGCUUUGACCUUCGCUCCGACCCUGGCCUGCCUGUCCUGUUAUUUCUCUCGCCGUCGAUCCCUGGCCACAGGGCUGGCACUGACAGGCGUGGGCCUCUCCUCCUUUGCAUUUGCCCCUUUUUUCCAGUGGCUGCUCAGCCACUACGCCUGGAGGGGGUCCCUACUGCUGGUGUCUGCCCUCUCCCUCCACCUGGUGGCCUGUGGUGCUCUCCUCCGCCCACCCUCCCUGGCUGAGGACCCUGCUGUGGGUGGUCCCAGGGCCCAACUCACCUCUCUCAUCCAUCAUGGCCCCUUCCUCCGUUACACUGUUGCCCUCACCCUGAUCAACACUGGCUACUUCAUUCCCUAUCUCCACCUGGUGGCCCAUCUCCAGGACCUGGAUUGGGACCCACUACCUGCUGCCUUCCUACUCUCAGUUGCUGCUAUUUCUGACCUCGUGGGGCGUGUGGUCUCCGGAUGGCUGGGAGAUGCACUCCCAGGGCCUGUGACACGACUCCUGAUGCUCUGGACCACCUUGACUGGGGUGUCACUAGCCCUGUUCCCUGUAGCUCGGGCUCCCACAGCCCUGGUGGCUCUGGCUGUGGCCUACGGCUUCACAUCAGGGGCUCUGGCCCCACUGGCCUUCUCCGUGCUGCCUGAACUAGUAGGAACUAGAAGGAUUUACUGUGGCCUGGGCCUGUUGCAGAUGAUAGAGAGCAUCGGGGGGCUGCUGGGGCCUCCUCUGUCAGGCUACCUCCGGGAUGUGACAGGCAACUACACGGCUUCUUUUGUGGUGGCUGGGGCUUUCCUUCUUUCAGGGAGUGGAAUUCUCCUCACCCUGCCCCACUUCUUCUCCUGCUUCUCAACUACUACCUCCAGGCCCCAGGACCUUGUAACAGAAGCACUGGAUACUAAAGUUCCCCUACCGAAGGAGGGGCUGGAAGAGGACUGAACUCCACAGAGUCAGGCCCAGAAAGCCAGAGCUUGACAGCUCCAGGUCUUCGCUUGUCACAUCUUGGUCUCCAUAGAACCACAGUGCCUUAAGAUUCUUGAUCUGCCUCCCCCUAGAGCAGGCCUGGGGCUCCUGCAAUGUGUGUGCCAACCCAUUGUAUUUUGUUGAGGACUCUUAUUUCUCCUCCUUUCCUUUCCUCUCCUAACCUUCUCUUUUUUUUCUUUUUCCCGAGACAGAGUCUUGCUCUGUUGCCCAGGCUGGAGUCCAGUGACAUGAUCUCAGCUCACUGCAACCUCCGCCUCCCGGGUUCAAGCAAUUCUCCUGCCUCAGCCUCCCAAGUAGCUGGGAUUACAGGCGGGAGCCACCACGCCCGGCUAUUUUUUUUUUUUUUUUUUUUUUUUUUGUAUUUUUGGUAGAGACGGGGUUUCACCAUGUUGGCCAGGAUGGUCUCGAACUCCUGACCUUGUGAUCCACCCACCUCGGCCUUCCAAAGUGCUGGGAUUACAGGCGUGAGCCACCGCACCCAGCCUCCCCUAACCUUUUCUAAAGGACCCAGGAGUUUUGAAGGAUCCGGGAGCUCCUGCUUCACUGAGCUGUGAAUCAACUGUGAAAAUCAAAGGCCAAGAGACUUAUCAUGUUUUAUAUAACAUCUCUAGUGUUGCCUCCUAAGUUUCUUCUCUGAAGACACAUGUUUGGGAAACAAAACUGUCCCUUUGAGAUAAAAUCAAAUAAGAAAAU